AGGUCGCUGGGCGCUGUGCACAUCUGCGCUUUAAAUGAAGAGGCGGUUGCAGUGGUCGUGGCUGCGUAUCGCUUGCUGCACAGGAACGGUGCUCGUCAGUUACCACCUGGUGCUCAUCACUUACUACCUUCUGUGCUGCGACGUGCCCCCGGGUCUAGCUAUGGACAAGAGCCGUGAUCCAUGGAGUGAAAGUAUAUUGGACUAUUUCUUGAAGAAAGAUCUGAUAAAAGCCAGAGAUGGAGUAGAAAUAAUCUGGGAGCAUGCAGCAAACAGCAAGGAGAAGUUACGCCAGGCGCUGCGGAGUGAUGUGCAUAUGAUCGAGGCCGAUGUUCUCCUCCGAGGGGCUGGGCGUAGAGAACCUAUAAUGGCUCAUCCUCCUUACACUGACAGUGACAUAAAUCUACAGGACUGGCUGUCUGAGGUCUCUGCGUCUAGUAAAGGCAUUAAGCUUGAUUUCAAAAGUUUGGAAGCUGUGCUGCCUUCUAUGAAGAUCUUGGAUGCAAUGAAGGAUAAUCUUCAUCAACCUGUUUGGAUAAAUGCGGACAUACUUCCUGGGCCUGGUGGAAGUGUCACAGUGGAUGCAAGAGAAUUUCUUCAAAUCGUCACCUCUUUCUUUCCAAAUGUUACUCUAUCAUUGGGCUGGACAACUGCAUGGCAUCCUGAUAGAAGCAAUGAAGGCUACAGCUGGGAGAUGGUGAGAGAAAUGGAGAAGAUAUGUAAGGAUCUGAGCCAGCUUGUGACCUUCCCAGUCAGAGCAGCUUUAGUGCGACAGUCGUGGCCUCAGCUGCAGUGGCUGCUGCAGACGUCAGACAGGUACAGCCUGACCGUCUGGUCAGGGAAGGAUGACAUCUACCCUGUGGAGGACCUGCUGUACAUUCGACAGCAUUCUGUGGCUGAUCAGAUAUUUUAUGAUGUGUUUGAACCUCAAAACGGUGAACUGAAGCAGGCCGUGAAACGAAAACAACAAGCAAAAAAAAAGUAACACUAAAGCCGCAAUGAGAGCUGGUGAUGGUCCAGGAGCUGAUCACAUCCCUAUAUAUGAACGAAAUAAUGGUAGUAGCUGACUGAGGGAGGUUCAUUCCAUCUUUUGGUGUAUGCCACAGAAAGCAACACUGCAGGGAACAUAAAGCAAUACAUAGGCCUCAUUAAAAUCAAUGAUCUUUCCACAAAAUACUAUACAUCGACACUGUCGAUUUCUAAAAAAAGAACUAUUUAUUUCAAACAUUCAGUGGGGUCCCAUGGGGUCUUAUAGGCCCUAACAUUUUUGUUUCGUUUUACUUUGGCAUAAUUUUACAUUUUUUCUAUUGCAUAGUGUGUCUUUAGGUCUGUUUUGGGAUAGUUGGGUCAGAUUUUCAGUUGCAGCUAAUAAUGAUUUGUCCUAGGGGGCCACAUAUGGUCCCAUUUAUCAUGUCCUUAUUGUAUUUCAUUUCUUAGGUUCUUCACACAAUCCCCCACCUUCCCGGGGCUCACACUACAGCUAGAAAGACCUUUAGCGCGCAGUAAUGUUUUUAUUGGCAAUUUUAAAGGGGCUGUCUGAGAUAAUUAAAGUCUUAGAGAAGCCACUGAAUGGUCUGAAUUAAAAGAAAAAAUGGUCUUCUACUUAUUAUUUGCAGCGAUGUUCUCUGUUUCACCAGUCCAGUGCAGCGCUGUCGUUCCCGUAUACGGUACAUGACCACUACAGCCAAUCCCUGUCCACAGCGGUCUACCAUUGAGGAAAGUAAUUGGCUACAGCGGUUACAUGUCACUGUGACAUGCGGGUGUACAGCACGCCACCACUGCAGUUGGUAAACAGGAGUGAUUGUAGGACUGGAGGCACAGAGAAUGGCGUUGUAGAAAAUUAUAGCGUUGUUUUUAUUAUAUUUGUGUUUUUUGUUUUUUUUGACAAUUUGGGGUCUUGUCUGAGAUUUUUAAUUAUCUUGGACGAUCCAUUACACAAAAUCAUAGUAGGCAGAAGACAGCAUGACUCUUGCAUACUGAGACUGCCCCGAUCCAUGCUUCAGAGACGUUUGUCGAAGGGAGAGAGUACUCUGAGCAGCACUUCUGCCUCUUCAUUUUUUUUCAACAAAGGUUUAGUUGACCUUUAAAGGGUUAAGCCAUGUUUGAUGUAAAUAAGACAUCAUAUAAUGCAUGGCAGCCUCUUUCUAACAAGCCUAGAACCAGCCCUGUACCUCACAUGGAUCCAGAGAUCUCCUCAUUCAUUACUCUGCUAGAUUUAUAUCAGACUGGCUGCUUGGGGGGGAGUGUACUUUCUCAGGGAGCAUGUCCUUUCUGCUGUAGCUCUUUCCCUGUAACUGCCACAGCUUCUCAAACAAGAUAUGACUGGUGUCAGUCGAAGAUUUAAACUGAAUGCAUGCCACCACCUCAAACAAAAAAGAAACAGCAGGUGGUAUUCAGAUCCAGGUGCUGGUUUGAAAAACGCUGACUAUUUGUAAACAAAUGUAAAUGCUGCACUUACAUUAUUGUAGUGAUGAUACCUGAAUUUGAACUUGGAUUUCAUCAAGUAUAGUAGCACCAUAAUACAUACCAAAUAAAUAUU